CUUGCACAAUAAAAGGACACUCUCUGUAAUACUGUCCAUAGACGCCACCAUUCACAGAGAGAGAGAGAGAGAGAGAGAGAGAGAGAGAGAGCUUGACGAGAAGUAAGAUGGGGCAAAGCGCCACCAGAAGCAAAUGGUUCGCUCCUUCUAUUAUCAUCUUCUUCGCUCUGUUUGCUACUGCAAUAUUAGGGCAAGAUGGAUUGUUGGCCAAUGGUGAUUUUGAAACGCCUCCAUCCAACGGCUUCCCUAGCGACGCCAUUGCGGAUGGGCCCGAUGAAAUCCCCAGUUGGAAAUUAAGCGGCACAGUGGAGCUAGUCUCUUCUGGGCAAAAACAGGGUGGAAUGAUCCUCAUCGUACCCGGUGGUACACACGCAGUGAGAUUGGGCAAUGACGCAGAGAUCAGCCAAGAAUUUACAGUGGAGAAAGGGUCUAUCUACUCGGUGACUUUCAGUGCGGCUCGCACGUGCGCUCAACUUGAGGCGGUAAACGUGUCAGUGCCACCUGCAUCACAGACAAUAGACUUGCAGACAUUAUAUAAUGUACAGGGGUGGGACCCUUACGCGUGGGCUUUUGAGGCAGAGGAGGAUAGAGUGAGUUUGGUUUUUAGGAAUUUGGGCAUGGAGGAUGACCCCGCUUGUGGGCCCAUCAUUGAUGACAUAGCAAUCAAGAAGCUUUUUGCUCCUGACAAGCCCAAAGACAAUGCAGUACUAAACGGCGACUUUGAGGAAGGUCCGUCGAUGUUCAGAAACGUUUCGCUAGGAGUGUUGUUACCCACCAACCUGGACGAGGAAAUGACAGCAGUACCUGGUUGGACAGUGGAGUCAAACCGGGCGGUUCGCUACAUUGAUUCCUACCAUUUCUCAGUUCCACAAGGCAAACGAGCCAUAGAAUUACUCUCAGGCAAGGAAGGUAUAAUUUCCCAAAUGGUUGAAACGAAGCCGAACAAGGCUUACAAGAUGACGUUUUCGUUGGGCCAUGCUAGGGACAAAUGCAAGGAUCCCCUUGCAAUAAUGGCCUUCGCUGGAGAUCAGGCCCAAAACAUCCAUUACACGCCCGAUUCUAAUUCAACCUUUCAAACUGCUAAUUUGAACUUCACUGCCAAGGCCGAGAGGACCCGGAUUGCAUUCUACAGUGUGUACUAUAAUACAAGAACUGACGAUAUGAGCUCCCUGUGUGGGCCGGUGGUGGAUGAUGUUCGGGUGUGGUUUUCUGGUGCUGGGAGGAUUGGGUUUGGUGGGCUUGGGCUUGGUUUCUGGGUUCUGGUUCUGAUUUUGGUGGUUUAGGGGUUGAUUUGGUAGGAUAUUAACAAUGAAAAUAUGUGUUUUACUUGUGAUGUUAUAUUUAUAUGGUAAUAGGUAUUGGGAUCAUGGGGAUUUUGGCAAGUUGAAAUUCCCACAGAAGUCUGUGCUAUCUUGUGAACUUUGCUUGAGAGUUUUGCUGUUAGAAAUGAGAAUGUUCUACAUUGCACUUGUGUCUA